UUCAAUUUGGACUUUGCGUACUGUAAAUGCAAUGCCACCGCUGCAUAUAAAUAACAGCACAGAGUACGCUGGCAGAGCGCAUCAACAGAGUCAUCAACAAAGUAACUUUCUCCAUCAUUUCCGGUCUCGCAGAUCAUUUUCAUAGUCGAUCCGUUUCGCUUGUUGUUCGUCAUGGAAGGAACCAAAGGUGUUGAAGCUAAAGAUGGAACUGUAUCGGUUGCGUCUGCAUUUUCUGGUCAUCAAGAAGCUAUUGUUGAGGCCAAAGAUGGAACUAUUUCUGUUGCUUCUGCAUUUGCUGGUCAUCAAGAAGCUGUUCAGGAUAGAGAUCACAAAUUCUUAACAAGAGCUGUUGAAGAAGCUUACAGAGGUGUAGAAUGUGGAGAUGGAGGUCCUUUUGGUGCUGUUGUGGUGCUCAAUGAUGAAGUCGUUGUAAGCUGUCACAAUCUGGUUCUCAAGCAGACGGACCCUACUGCUCAUGCUGAGGUUACAGCAAUAAGAGAGGCCUGCAAGAAGCUCAACAGGCUGGAGCUCUCGGACUGCGAGAUUUAUGCUUCUUGCGAGCCAUGCCCUAUGUGCUUUGGUGCCAUACAUCUUUCCAGAAUCAAGAGAUUGGUUUAUGGAGCUAAAGCAGAAGCUGCAAUUGCUAUCGGUUUUGAUGACUUCAUUGCUGAUGCACUUAGAGGAACCGGUUUCUAUCAAAAGGCUAAUUUAGAAAUCAAAAGAGCUGACGGCAACGAGGCCGUUAUAGCAGAGCAAGUGUUCGAGAAAACCAAGGCCAAGUUUCAUAUGUAUUGAGGACUUGUCCUCCCUAAUAGUGUCAUUAUCCAUUAAUCCUUUUCUAGUCAUUUGAUCAGUGGCUUCUGGCAUUAACUUGAAGACUAACCAAUUGUUCACAUUGGUAUUUGUGCAAACAUUUUACGCUUGAAACAAUGGAAUUUGUUAAUCUACUGUUUUAUGUGCAUGAACUAAGAAUCAUAGACUAAUUCAGAUUUCGAUAUCACAUAGGGAACUCUCUUCUUUGUUUUUUACUGAGAUUAUGUUGAUGAUUUCGAUUCUAGUCCAGUAUGCAUCAUGGGACCGCGGAUGAAUAUCCUAAGUGGCUAUGACGAAUAUGCAUAUGAUGACUGAUGUGAAUGAUUAUAGUAUGUCACACUUAUUAGGUUGUAUGAAAGGAUGAAUUCACAGGUAAAGAAUGAAAUAUGCAGGUGAUGGGCAUAUAAGUAGACAAGAUAUUCUUGACAUAAACUCCACUUCAGUUUUUACAAAUCGA